UUGACGAGCAUGGAUGCAAUUAAAGCAGAGCCGAACUAUAAUUGCAGAAAUCUGAUGAUGAAAACAGUACCAGUAUCAGCUAGUACCUUAAAUUAUCUUAUCGUCGCACGAAUAAAGCUUGCGAAACUAGAGAUAUCAACAAUUACCCUAACAAUCUCCACUUCUUGACAAAACGUUUCCCACCUCUUCAGAGUCGGCCCUUUGUGGAUUGGCGAUACGACCAUAAUCAAUCGCUGUUCGAAAUUCCCCAUUCAUGAUAUCGGCAGACAUGAAGCUAUUCCCAUUUCGUCAGAGAAUAAGGGGUGGCCCAAUUCGGGUCAUGUAUUCGUAGCUAGCCAUGGGAAACGCCCUUAAUGCUAUUGAUAUUGAGAAGUUUCCCAGGACAUAGCGUGACCGAAAUGUGUGGUCGUGUCUCAUGAACUCAUUCAAGCAUACACAGAGUGAAUCCGAAAACAAUGGAUGUACUUUUAGUUUCGCACAAACUAUUUGAAGUUUCAAACGAAGAUGACAAGACUUAAGUUUGUUUAUAUUGUAGUGUUAAGUCCACUGAAAUUCAAAGGUCAAAAUGGGAUGAAACGGAUCCCGGCAUACGAUUUUUGAACGGAAUUGAUAGGACUACGAAUCCAUUGCUUCUUCCAGGCCCUUGAAAGUGUAUUGAUAUCCAAUACAUCAUUGACAUAGAAAUACCCACAUGACCAUACAGUCCAUUAAAAACGGUUCGGUGUUAUUAGUUAAAAUCGGAGUUUUAAAGUUGUCUUCCUUCUUUGGAUUGUAAACAAGUUCCUUGACAUUUGCUACUUCGAAGCGUGCAUAAGAACAUGGACUGUAUCUUUGUGAGAAGUUGAUUUGACCGAGGCGGUACUAUAUGCGUAAAAGGCUAUGGAGGAUGAUUAAAAAGCCGAUGACAGAUUUGUUGAUGACAAGUUUAGAUCACGAUGUCAUGAUGGGAUCAUUGUAUCAUCAAGAGGCGAAUAAUAAUGUACUAGCAGUACUACGCUCAAGUGAAGGCAUUUGUUAAUAAUGAAGAGAAUUCUCGACUUGGAUUUCAUAUAAUUUCCGAGCAGCACGACAGAAAGACAAUACACCAGGAUACUAAAGGUCAGGUCAUCUUCCCAUGACUACGGAGAUGACCAAGCAUGUUGAGCACCGUCAAGAUGAGGACUGCUACUGCCGCGUUCACCAUUUCUUUUCUAUCACUGGCAGCACUCAGCUGUGCUAACACCACGACAGCCUGUUAUGGAGGAGGAUUCUUACUGCAGGAGAACUGCACGCCAACUCAGUACAUACUGAUCUACUCAGUCGAAAGCCAAGAAGUUAGCAGCUGCAAUGAAAACAGCUCGAAUACUCUGUGGUCAAGAAGUGGUCUCGCAGUCCAUUUUGCCUGGGAGUUGUGUAACCUGCAAAAGGAAAGAUGUACAACUGGAAACCUAUCUAACGCUACCUACUUAAGAAUGAAUUAUACAUGCGUUAAUGACUUAUCUUCAAUACGGCGGUUCAGCAUGUGCUCAGAUGUAAGCGUGUUGACAUCAACUCCGGUUUACCUUCAGAGCCCAGGAUACCCAGGCUAUUAUAACUACACCAACGCAACAAACUGCACUUGCUCUAUAUCAGUGUCUCAAGACCUAACCCUCGGUGAUGUCUGGUUGACACUGUAUGACAUGUUCACCCAGCUGCCAGAGACACUGACUUUGAAAUGGAGUAAUGGUACAGGUAAAGAAUUAACCACUGUUGCCGAUAAUAAUUCGGGAUAUAUACUGAAUCAGGAGACAACAAACAUUUCUCCUGCUCUGUCUGUGUCGUUUGUUCCCAGGGCUCCUGGACUAGGAUACUUUUGGAUCGGAUUAGAAAGUGGAGCUCCUCUAAACAUAUCGAUAGCCUGCAAUGAAAGCUCGGGAACAUCAACGACCUUACCACCUGCCACUCCGACAACGUCGGUGACAGCAAAGAGUACGGCAACGACAGUAACUAAUGAAACAAAACCAUCUGCAACGGCGACGAAUACGGACACCACAAUGGCGACAGGGACUCCAAGCCCUGGAAAACCGGCUGCCAUCGUGAUGGCGGAAGACGACCUAAAAACCAUCUACAUUGCAGUACCUACUGUGGUCAUAGCGAUCAUUAUCAUCAUUGUUAUCGUUGUCAUAGUCAAGAAGUGGCAGAAAUCAAACCACGCCAAGUUUGAAGACACGGUUAGGUUUAGUGUCCCAGACUACGGGGUGGAGAGCCUGUACGCCAAGGAGAACUUCGCCAUGGAUAUGGUUGACAAUGAAAUCUACGAAUCACAGGAUAGCUUAGGAAAUGGUAGCCUAUCGGGGCCCGUGUCGUCGCACGGAGUGGGUGUUGCCUUCGGUACGUUCAAAGGUGAGAAAGUUCGCCAGACGUCAAAUGAGGAAUUGACUGACAACGGAGAAGAGAAGGAUGUACACAGGGGGAUGAUUCCGCUGCCAAGGUCUGUAACAUUUGGUGGCGAGGAUUUAUUGUUAGGGGUCGGGGCUGCAGUGCCCUCUGACGGUGGCGAAGUGAUUUACGCCCAGAUCAACAAACCUGAGAAAAAUAAAAACCCGGAAGAUGACCGAGUUCAGGGUCAGACUUCUAUCCUAAGACCUAGCCAUUCAAAUGAACGCCAAGAUCAGCUAGUGUCCGAUUCAAAUCCGGUUGAAAAAGAAACAGACUACUCAUUAGCAGACGAUUUUGAUGACCCGAACAAGUACUUUGAAUAUGACGUUGGUUCAAGGUCAAAUGAUGGUGAAGAUGCUGAUGUUGACUAUGCAUAUGCGUACGCACGCAGAGGCAGAGGAACCUCGAAACGACGUGAGCCAGAAGAAAGUGUACGCAUUUACGACGACAUAGAAAGCGAUGAUUCUGAAUUUGCUGAGUCGGAUAUCGAUGGAGUCUUUCGGGAGGCUAUUGAACCUCAACUUGAGCUCAGCAGUCAUGAAACUGAGUGUGCAGACGGGAUUACAGACUAUGACGAGUUGGACUUGGAGGGCCAGAAGCACAAGAGGCAACUUGACGAUAUCGUACAUGUGCAAAGAACUGAUCUUUAGGUAGGAAGUCGCGGGCGUCACAAACAUGCAGCAAAGGAUCAUCUAAAAAUAGGUCGAAACCAGAAUAUAUAAUUUUUGAAGAGAGACUAAUGUAAGAACGAAAUAAUCUAUUCAGAUGUGUACAGUCUAUUUCUUUAUUAUUCUUAUGGCACAUUGAAUUGAUAUUUCAAUUUUCAUACAAGUAUCGUUGCAUUGACCUUGUAUGUUUUUUAUGUAACAAUAAUAGGCUCCGUAGCCCUUUGUGAAUGUUUCCAGCCACAAUAAAGAAUUUAAUCGAAUUAAGCUGCUGGUCGCUGACUGAAUUCAAAAUUGUAUUCCAGAAUUCGUUCAUAACGCCCCUUUGAUUAUCCUUUUACCAUGAUGACCCCCCCCCCCCCUCCAGCAUAGUUUUUGUACAUGACCAGGUUUCCAGACAAACGGCUCCAUCAGGAAUGCAUUUUUAUCUAUUUAGAAAAUUAAAUUAUUAUUUCAAUUUUUGCACAACGUUUAAGAAUGUAUGUGUGUUAUUAUUCAUUUUUUAGCUCUCAUUAUGUCAUCUGUCGCCAGUUCUAACCGGUUGGCAACUUGAGUUCUUCCCUCAAGAAAAAUGCCUCCAAAGAAAUUUGUAUUCGACCUUUCAAUUCGUAGUUCA